CUGUAUACAGUGUGGUCAUUUAGUUUAAAACCAUUUAGACUUGGCUGUCUUUUCCCCGCAGGUUUUAAUCCUGACCAGGUCUGUGUUUGGUCAUGGCCCUCUAUUUUGACCACCGGAUAGAAGCCCCAGACUCAGCCGGGCCACCCUCCCACAUCAGCUGGCACCCUGUCCAUCCAUUCCUGGCAGUCGCCUCCGUUAGCACAACCUCAGGAGGCAGUGUAGACAUAUAUCUGGAACAAGGUGAGCAUGUGCCUGAUACACACAUUGAGAGGUUGUUCCAGGUCACUUCCCUGUGCUGGCACCCAUCACGGCUGAUCCUGGCCAUUGGCUGGGAGACUGGAGAACUGAUAGUGUUCAACAAACAGGACAAGGAGCAGCACACAGUGCCCCCGACACACACCACCGACAUUACUGUCCUCAGGUGGAGCACCAAUGGGAGUUGCCUUGUGUCUGGGGAUAGGCUCGGUGUCCUGCUCUUAUGGAGGUUGGACCAAAGGGGCCGAGUACAAGGGACACCACUGCUAAAACAGGAGUAUGGGGAGCAGCUCACUCACUGCAUCUUCCGGCUCCCCCCUCCUGGCGAGGACCUGGUUCAGUUGGCGAAGGCAGCUGUGAGCGGUGACGAGAAAGCCCUGGACAUGUUCAACUGGAGAAAAAGCGGCUUGGGAAGCUUCCUGAAGAUGGGGUCUCAGGAAGGGCUGUCGUUCUUUGUCAGUCUGAUGGACGGGAUGGUGCACUAUGUGGAUGAGAAAGGCAAGACCACCCGGGUGGCGGCCAUGGACAGCUCGAUCCAGAUGCUGUUCUAUAUAGAGAAGUGGGAGGCGCUGGUGGUGGUCACGGAGAAUCUCCUGCUGUCCUUGUACAUAGUAACUCCCGAGGGCAAAGCUGAAGAGGUGACGAAGGUAAAGUUGAGCGGGAAAACAGGCUGCCGGGCGGACAUUGCUUUGAUUGAAGGCAGCCUUCUCGUGAUGGCCAUCGGGGAGCCCAUCCUGCGAUUCUGGGAUUUAGAACGAGGAGAGAAUUAUAUACUGAGUCCAGAGGAAAAGUUUGGCUUUGAAAAAGGAGAGGCUAUAAACUGCGUUUGUUACUGUAAAGUCAAAGGUCUUCUGGCAGCUGGGACCGAUAAAGGGCGCGUAGCCAUGUGGAGAAAAGUGCUAGGCUCCCCGAACAGCCAGGGGGUGGAGGGCAAAGACAGGUGGACCCUUCAAACCCCCACUGAGCUCGAAGGAAACAUCACGCAAAUAAAGUGGGGCUCCAGGAAGAACCUGCUGGCCGUGAACAGCAUUAGCUCUGUGGUGAUCCUCAGCGAGCAGGCCAUGUCCUCGCACUUCCACCAGCAGGUGGCCGCCGUGCAGGUCUCCCCGAGCUUGCUCAACGUGUCCUUUCUGUCCACGGGGGCAGUGCACAGCCUGCGCACAGACAUGCACAUCAUUGGAGUGUUUGCCACCAAGGAUGCUGUUGCUGUCUGGAACGGAAAACAGGUGGUGAUCUUUGAGCCUUCUGGAGCCACGUUUCGGAAUGCAGGUGCCUUCCUGUGUGAGUCUCCAUUGUUAGCAAUGCAUGAAGAAAGCGUUUACACGGUGGAGCCAAACCGAGUUCAAGUUCGCACCUGGCAGGGGACUGUCAAACAGCUCCUGCUUUUCUCUGAGGCUGAGGGGAAUCCAUGCUUCCUGGACAUUUGCGGAAAUUUCCUGGUCAUAGGGACAGACUUAGCUCACUUCAAAAGCUUUGAUCUUUCCCGAAGAGAGGCAAAAGUUCACUGUGGCUGCAAGAACCUGGCCGAGUUGGUCCCCGGCGUGGGGGGCAUCGCCUCUCUCAGGUGCAACGCCAGUGGUAACAAGAUCAGCAUCCUCCUGAGCAAGUCUGACAACAGCCCUGAUUCCAAAAUCUGCUUCUACGAUGUUGAGAUGGACACAGUGACCAUCUUCGACUUCAAGACUGGUCAAAUUGAUCAGAAAGAGAUGCUGUCCCUUCAUGGACAGGAGACUAACACGAGCCACGUCUUUGCGGACGAGAGACUGACGAAUCACACUCCCGUGAGCCAUUUCUGGGACCAGAGCGAGCCCCGGCUGUUUGUGUGUGAAGCUGUGCAGCAGGCACCUAGUGCCCAGCCGCAGUCUGCAGACAAGAAGACCCACAGCCAGGAGAGCACCGGCCCCAUGGUGGAUGUUCUGAUUCUGUCAUUCUUCGUUUCCGAGGAGCAUGGCUUCCUGCUUCACGAGAGCUUCCCCCGGCCUCUCUCCUACCAGGGUCUGCUGGGGAUGGAGGUGCCCCAUUACUACUUCACAAAAAAGCCCGGAGAAGCAGAGAGAGGAGAUGGGGUGGAUUCUGGCUACCACCGCACACCGCAGAUGGCGGCCAGGAGACCCCUCCGUGACUUCAUUGGGCUAGAGGACUGUGACAAGCCCACGCGGGAUGCCAUGCUCAACUUCAGCUUCUUCAUCACCAUUGGAGACAUGGACGAGGCUUUCAAAUCCAUCAAACUCAUCAAAAGUGAGGCUGUCUGGGAGAAUAUGGCACGAAUGUGUGUGAAGACCCAGCGGCUGGAUGUUGCCAGGGUGUGCCUGGGGAACAUGGGCCAUGCCCGCGGGGCCCGAGCUCUGCGGGAGGCAGAGCGUGAGCCGGAGCUGGAGGCCAGAGUGGCCAUGUUGGCCAUACAGCUGGGCAUGCUGGAGGAUGCCGAGCAGCUGUACAAGAAGUGUGAGCGCUACGACCUGCUGAACAAGCUCUACCAGGCCUCAGGCCAGUGGCAGAAAGCCAUCGAAGUCUCUGAGGUCCACGACCGUGUCCACCUGCGCACCACCUACUACAACUACGCCAAGCACCUGGAAGCCAGUGCCAACUGCAGCCUGGCGCUCAGCUACUAUAAGAAGUCAGACACACACCACUUUGAGGUGCCCAGGAUGCUCUCGGGGGACCUGCAGUCACUGGAGCUGUACAUCAAUAACAUGAAGGACAAGACACUGUGGAGGUGGUGGGCCCAGUACCUGGAGAGUCAGGCCAAGAUGAACGCGGCCCUGCGCUACUACGAGCUGGCGCAGGAUUACUUCUCCCUGGUCCGCAUCUACUGCUUCCAGGGCAAUAUUCAGAAGGCUGCUGAGAUAGCCAACGAGACUGGGAACUGGGCAGCCGCGUAUCACCUCGCCCGCCAGUACGAGAACCAGGAGGAGGUGCAGCACGCGGUACACUUCUACACGCGGGCACAGGCCUUCAACAACGCCAUCCGCCUCUGCAAGGAGAACGGCUUGGACGACCAGCUCAUGAACCUGGCCCUGCUGAGCUCCCCAGAGGACAUGACUGAGGCGGCCCGCUACUACGAGGAGAAGGGCGAGCAGAUGGACCGGGCGGUCAUGCUCUACCACAAGGCUGGUCACUUCUCCAAGGCCCUGGAGCUGGCCUUUGCCACCCAGCAGUUUGUGGCCCUGCAGCUCAUAGCAGAGGACCUGGACGAGAAGUCAGACCCCGCCCUCCUAGCCCGCUGCUCAGACUUCUUCAUCGAGCACAGUCAGUAUGAGAAGGCCAUGGAGCUGCUGCUGGCAGCCAAGAAGUAUCACGAAGCCCUGCAGCUGUGCCUGGAACAGAACAUGACUAUCACUGAGGACAUGGCUGAAAAGAUGACUGUGUCCAAGGACUCCAAGGACCUGUCUGAGGAGGCCCGGCGUGAGCUGCUGGAGCAGAUCGCCAGCUGCUGCAUGCGCCAGGGCAACUACCACCUGGCGACCAAGAAGUACACACAGGCUGGGAACAAGCUGAAGGCCAUGAGAGCGCUGCUCAAGUCUGGAGACACAGAGAAGAUUGUGUUCUUUGCGGGCGUCUCUAGGCAGAAGGAAAUCUACAUCAUGGCUGCUAACUACCUGCAGUCCCUGGACUGGCGGAAGGAGCCGGAGAUCAUGAAGAACAUCAUCAGCUUCUACACCAAGGGACGGGCACUGGACCUCCUGGCUGGCUUUUAUGAUGCCUGUGCCCAGGUGGAGAUUGACGAAUACCAGAACUACGACAAAGCCCAUGGGGCACUGACCGAGGCCUACAAAUGCCUGUCGAAGGCCAAGGCCAAGAGCCCCCUGGACCAGGAGACCAAGCUGGCUCAGCUGCAGAGCAAGAUGACGCUGGUGAAGAGGUUCAUCCAGGCCCGCAGGACAUACACAGAGGACCCCAAGGAGUCCAUCAAGCAGUGCGAGCUGCUCCUGGAGGAGCCGGACCUCAACAGCACCAUCCGCAUCGGGGAUGUCUGUGGCUUCCUGGUGGAGCACUACCUGCAGGUGGAGGAGCACCAGAUGGCCUACAAGUACCUCGAGGAGAUGCGGAAAAGGCUUCCCUCCACCGACAUGUUGUACUAUGUGAGCCAGGGGACUGUGGACGCCGUGCACCAGGGCCUGGGCCUCCCUCCAACACGCAUCGUGCCCGAGCGGCUGUGCCACAGCAGUAUGGAGGACCGCAGGGAGGUGGAUGAGGAGGUGGCAGAGGAGAUAGAGAACAACCCCUGAUGGCCGCUAUGCCAGCACACAGUGGCCUGCUGCUGGGAAGGUGUCUUCUGGAAUGUUCCAGUCAGUAGUGGCAAAGACAGCUUUUUUGUUGCAAAAAAGAAAAACCCUCUGCACGGAGUACAGGAGCAGAGCUCUGGCAGGACGUGGCCAGCGGGACUGCGCUCUGCCUCUGCUGCCUCCGCCUUCAGGGGGAAGAGCACGCUUACACUUUUAACCAUCCCUUCAGCAUUCCUGCCAACAGGGGCUCCGCAGUUCCUGUGGAUUUUUGGUUUAGUUCCUUUAAAGGAAGUUGGAUUGGUCUUUUUGGUAAUAGUCUUCUAACCACAGAGGGUAAAGCUAAGAAACUACUAGAAUUUCAAGAACUGAGGCUGCAAACUGCUGCCGUCCCCACGCUUCCUUCCCACACCCAUCAGAUGGUUGCCAGGCAGUUCCCAUGGGCCUGUCCUGGACAGGUGCUGCGGCAGCCUCAUGGGAGGCAGGAUGGCCUGCGCCCUGAUGGCUACGUCCCACCCACUGGCUGCCGAAACUCCUGUGACUCCAAUAAAGUUUUUCUCUGA